GUUUGCAUGCACCACAAAAUAAUACGGAAAUAGAGAUUACACUUCUGCAUCUCUACAUUGUAUGCGGUGCGGACGUUUAACUCCUUAUAAAAUCUUGAAGCGUCAAAGAUAACUACCUCAAGGAUGACAUUAAAGGUGAAAGUGUCCUUUCUCCCUCCUCUUUUUAUGUUUAUCUUGUCACUUGGUUCUGACAGCCAUACUCUCUCUGAGCGCUUCAGAAGUCCUGCCAUCAGGGUUGUAUCUAAUGAAACCACAAAGAAAGCUCCAGAUGUAGCAGCAGAGGUGGGAAGAUAUGAAGAUGUGGCCAAGCGCAUCAUUGAGCUAGCUGUAUUUGGUGCGGCCCAGAACCGCUCCUACAGACGGCUGGCUGACUUUACUGACACCAUAGGGAACCGGGUCAGUGGGUCACAGAACCUGGAAAUGGCUAUUAAAUACAUGUACAACGCCAUGAAACAGGAUGGACUGGAUGUUCAUCUGGAACCAGUAAAAAUCCCUCACUGGGUAAGAGGAAAGGAGAGUGCAGAGAUGAUUAAGCCCAGGACCAAGAGCCUGGCCAUGCUGGGUCUGGGCAGCAGUGUCGGAACGCCUCCAGAAGGUGUUGAGGCUGAGGUGUUGGUGGUUCAGUCUUUUGAGGAACUGAAGCGUAGAGCCAGCGAGGCCACAGGGAGGAUUGUGGUUUUUAACCAGCCUUUUAUCAACUACCUGGAGACGGUUGCUUAUCGCGCUUUCGGUGCUUCAGAGGCAGCUAAAGUGGGAGCUGUAGCUACACUCGUUCGAUCUAUCACCCCUUUCUCUAUUAACAGUCCUCACACAGGUUGGCAGAUCUACCAAGAAGGAGUGAAGCAAAUCCCCACAGCCUGCAUCACAGUGGAGGAUGCUGAGCUAAUGUGGCGUUUGGCCCAAAACAAACAGAAGAUUGUGGUCAGACUCGUAAUGGGAGCCCAGACUCUGCCGGAUGCUGACUCUUUUAACACAGUGGCCGAGAUAAGAGGCUGGCAGCACCCGGAGCAGGUUGUCCUAUUGAGCGGUCAUCUGGACAGCUGGGAUGUGGGCCAGGGUGCCAUGGACGAUGGAGGUGGAGCCAUGAUAUCCUGGGAGGCUCUGUCCCUCAUCAAGGACCUGGGUUUGCGCCCAAGAAGAACUUUGCGAGCGGUUCUGUGGACAGGUGAGGAGCAGGGUGGUGUCGGUGGACAGCAGUACUUCAAUCUACACAAGGAGAACAUCUCCAACUUUGACCUUAUUAUGGAGUCUGACCUGGGGACGUUCACCCCGAUGGGUCUGCAGUUUUUAGGCAGUGAUGCGGCACGAAAGGUGAUGGAAGAAGUGAUCAAACUUUUGGCUCCCAUUAAUGUGACCAAACUGGAGACCGAUGCUGAGGGGACAGAUAUCUUUCUGUGGAUGCAAGCAGGAGUCCCAGGGGCCAGCCUUCAUGUGGCAGACAGUCGUUACUUUUGGUUCCACCACAGCGAGGGGGACACUAUGACAGUCCAGGACCCUCACGACAUGGACCUCUGCUCAGCGUUGUGGGCCGUGGUUGCGUACGUCGUGGCUGACCUGGAGGACAUGCUACCCAGAAGGCCGUAAUGUCAGAUUUAUCACAA